AUGGCAGGACGCCGCUAUGCCGACGACGUGUCCAUUUACGAUGACCGUCGAGAAAGUUACUCCCGGAAUGGUCGACGAUACUACGAUGACCGUUUCGUGGAAGAGGAGGUAGACUUUCGCCGUCCCACGCCUGUUCGUGAACGGGAAAGAGAAACCAUCGUGCGAGAAGAAAUCCGUGAACGGCCAGGGUCGACUCCUGCUUUCCUGCAAGAGGGCUAUGGUCGAACCACUGCGGGGCCGGUGGUGCUUCGAAAGCGAGAGCAAGAAGACUACGAGUUCGUUGCUCGUCCUCGUCGGCGCUCACCCUCCCCGCAGCCAGAGAGAAAGGUGGAAAAGGAGGAGAUCAUCAUCAGGAGAGACGAGUCGGAACAUAGACCCCCUCCACCACGGGUAAGAGAGCGGGAGCGAGAGGUCGACCAUGAAGAGAUUAUCAUCCGCCGAGACGAGCGGGAGCCCGAGCGCAGACUGCCACCUCCCCAACGUGAUCGAGAUCGGGAAGAAAUCAUCAUCCGACGAGAUGAGCGAGAACGAGAAGUCCGACCACCGCCGCCCCGGGAAGUGAACUCUUCCCGGGAGGAAAUCGUCAUUCGCCGUGAUGAGCGGGAGCGCGAGCUACGGCCACCGCCACCGCGAGAAGUCAACUCAUCGAGGGAAGAAAUUGUCAUCCGCCGUGAUGAGAGAGAGCGCGAGGUGCGACCUCCGCCGCCGAGAGAGGUCAAUUCCUCAAGAGAAGAAAUCGUCAUUCGUCGUGACGAGAGUGACCGGCGCUCUCGCUAUGAUGACUAUGACGACGUCGUCUCUCGCCGAGGGGACUUCGACCGGAGAUCCGUUCGCGGCGAUGUUGACAGGCAAGAAAUCAUCAUCCGCCGUGAUGAGCAGAAUCUUGACGCCCCCCGCCGCUACGACGACUACGCGCUGACUCGUCCCAAAUCGCAUGAACGAGCGAGGUCGCGAGUUCGUCGGUCCAGCAGCGCUUCGAACGAUGAAAUCAUCAUCCGUCAACAGGAGCGAGAAGGACGCAGUGGCACUCGCAACCAACAGGAAAUCAUCAUUCGCAAGACCUCUCGAUCUCGGUCCCCUGCGACGUCAGUGACCUCAGCUCGCACGGCCCCGGCGCCUCUGCCUCCCACAGAGCCUCCGGUUAUCAACGCUCCCACCAUCCAUCAAGAGGUCAUAACACAUCAUCGUCAUAUCGACCAUGGCUUUGAAGUUGCCAUCCCGACCCGACCACGGGUGAUUUCACGACCACCAUCUCCGCCAAGCCCGCCCCUGGCUCCUCCUCCACCACCGGUACGAGCCCGAUCAGAAGAGCGUAUUGAGAUCAGCAGAACCCAAACCCGGAACGGUCGUACCGAGAACGAAGAUAUUGUGAUAGACCGCAGGGAUGGUCCGGCCAGCCCGAAAAGCGUGGCGCCGUACACUCCUCCCCCGGUACGUGAUCCGUAUUACGACCCUCCACCGGCUCGUCGUGACGUCUAUCGGGGCUAUGAGCGGGACGUGCACGAAGAAGCAGAGUACUAUAACGCUCGUGCCAUGGAUCGAGCUUAUAUCGGCGAGGCCUACCAAGGAGCUACCCGUGACUGGGAAAUUGUCGAUGUUCCCCCGGGUACACGUCGUGUCCGGAUGGACGGUGCUGGCGGGGCAAGUCAGGAGAUCACCUGGCAAAGGUACAAUGGCGUGCGGAGAAGCAAGUUCAUGCCUGACGGAGUUGAUGAACGUUACGACAGCGCGGUUGCGAGACCCCUUCCAGCGCCGGCACCUGUGCUCCCGGCGCCGCUCCCGGCACCGAUUCCAGUGCAUCCUCCCGCUCCACUGCCAGCCGCUAAUGGAGAAAUUGGCCGUCGGUAUGGAAAGGAGCGCAAUCCCAAGGACGGCCUGUGGACCGAAGUGACCAAGGAUCUCGUUGUCAAGGAGGCGAUUCAAGAGAUGGGGUACGAGUAUGAGGAGACUGAUGACUUCUACUAUAUUAUCGCGUACCUGCGUUACGAAGACAUUGCUCGUCUGGUCGGUCUGUCGGACGAUAUUCGCAAAGAGCGCCGUAAGCGGAUCAAGGAGAUUGAAUGGGAAAAUCGAGUGCUCCCUCCCGCAGUUGAAGAGCCACUGCCACGCCCUCUGGCCAUCGAACCUCCACCGCCACGACACCGCCAGGAGUGGGAUCGAGAAGAGGAGCGCUUUAUUGAGCGGGAAGUUGUCUACCGAGGGGGUCGACCACCUCCACCACCCGGCUGGAGGCGUUGA